AAUACGCCCUACUGAUAAAUUGUUUGAUAUACGUACAGAUAUAUAGGAUUAAGGAUAUGGUUUGGGCUAGUGUUUCCCAAUAUUAACUAAAGACUGUAUUUAUUCCGUCGUCAGUGGACCGUGCGCUCCCUGACAGACACUAACGUUACCCAGGUCAACAAAAGUCUUAACGUUACCAGGGAGUCCGUGCCCCGGAAAGGAUUCAGCAACAGGCUUUCAUUCAUGCGAAAGACGUUUUGGAUAAUUUAUCAAAACUAUAACAUUAAUCGAGUACAGAUUGAACAUUAAAACAGAAAUGUUUUAUCAUAUUUCGUUGGAGCAUGAGAUCUUACUACACCCGAGGUAUUUUGGUCCUACUCUCAACACUGUGAAGCAGAAGCUUUUCACAGAAGUGGAGGGCACCUGCACUGGCAAGUACGGGUUUGUCAUUGCAGUCACCACCAUUGACAACAUCGGGGCAGGUGUAAUCCAGCCAGGGAGAGGGUUCGUCCUCUAUCCAGUCAAGUACAAGGCCAUUGUGUUCCGCCCAUUUAAAGGGGAAGUGGUGGAUGCCGUGGUCACGCAGGUUAACAAGGUUGGAUUGUUCACAGAAAUUGGUCCCAUGUCUUGCUUCAUUUCUCGCCAUUCCAUCCCCUCAGAAAUGGAGUUUGACCCCAACUCUAAUCCUCCUUGUUACAAGACAGUUGAUGAGGACAUUGUAAUCCAGCAAGAUGAUGAGAUUCGGCUGAAGAUUGUGGGAACAAGAGUGGACAAGAAUGACAUUUUCGCCAUUGGAUCUCUCAUGGAUGAUUAUCUGGGUCUUGUGAGCUGAUACGCCCCAGUUGGAGCACAUUUCUUAUGGGACAUUUUAUGUUGUAGCUUAGUUAUUCCUUUUGUUAAAAUCUAAUAUUUUACUACACUUAUUGACAAGGCAUAGUUACAGGUGGUGAAGCCCCAUAGCUACAUCGUUUCAUUAUCAUGCUGUACAGCCUACAUUUGUAGGUUUUAUUGGAGCAGGUGUAAGAUUGAAAUGUUGUAGCCAGGAGAAUGUUUGCUAAAUUGAUAGCAAGAUGGCAUACAAUGCAAAAGUUGCCCAUAUUAUGAAUUUACAGUUUAUUUUGUGUACAAUUUAUCAUUCCCAUUUUAACAAUGUUUUUUUUGUACGUGGCCUGUAAUAAAGUUUUUUUAAAAUGA